CUUCCUGUCCCGCGCGGGGAGAACUUCCGGUAGAGCCGGAAGACCUUCUCCCUGGCGGCGGUUUCCAGAGCUUCCCUCUGCAGCAUUGGGAGGGGAGAUCCGGGGCGGUCCUGGCGACUCUAGAGUGUCGAGUCCACGACCUGCCCUCGGCGCCAUGGGUGUGAUAGGUAUACAGCUGGUUGUUACCAUGGUGAUGGCCAGUGUCAUGCAGAAGAUUAUACCUCACUAUUCUCUUGCUCGAUGGCUACUCUGUAAUGGCAGUUUGAGGUGGUAUCAACAUCCUACAGAAGAAGAAUUAAGAAUUCUUGCAGGGAAACAGCAAAAAGGGAAAAGCAAAAGAGACAGGAAAUAUAAUGGUCACAUUGAAAAUAAACCACUAACUAUUCCAAAGGAUAUUGACCUUCAUCUAGAAACAAAGUCAGUUACAGAAGUGGAUACGUUAGCAUUGCAUUACUUUCCAGAAUACCAGUGGCUGGUGGAUUUCACAGUGGCAGCUACAGUUGUGUAUGUAGUAACAGAAGUCUACUACAGUUUUAUGAAGCCUACACAGGAAAUGAAUAUCAGCCUAGUUUGGUGCCUGCUUUCUUUGUCUUUUGCAAUCAAAGUUCUAUUUUCAUUAACUACACACUAUUUUAAAGUAGAAGAUGGUGGUGAAAGAUCAGUCUGUGUCACCUUUGGAUUUUUUUUCUUCGUCAAAGCAAUGGCCGUUUUGAUUGUAACAGAAAAUUAUCUGGAAUUUGGACUUGAAACAGGGUUUACAAAUUUUUCAGACAGUGCAAUGCAAUUUCUUGAAAAGCAAGGUCUAGAAUCUCAAAGUCCUGUUUCAAAACUCACUUUCAAAUUUUUCCUGGCUCUUUUCUGUUCACUCAUUGGGGCUUUUUUGACAUUUCCUGGAUUACGACUGGCUCAAAUGCAUCUGGAUGCCUUGAAUUUGACAACAGAAAAAAUUACACAAACAUUACUUCAUAUCAACUUCUUGGCACCUUUAUUUAUGGUUCUGCUCUGGGUAAAACCAAUCACCAAAGACUACAUUAUGAACCCACCACUGGGUAAAGAAAGUGUCCCUUUAAUGACGGAGGCUACAUUCGAUACUCUGCGACUCUGGAUAAUAAUCCUCCUGUGUGCUUUGCGAUUGGCCAUGAUGCGUAGUCACCUGCAAGCAUAUUUAAACUUAGCCCAGAAGUGUGUAGAUCAGAUGAAAAAAGAAGCAGGCCGAAUAAGUACAAUUGAGCUACAGAAAAUGGUGGCUCGAGUCUUUUAUUACCUUUGUGUCAUCGCCCUGCAGUAUGUGGCACCUCUGGUAAUGCUGCUUCACACAGCUCUACUCUUGAAAACACUAGGUAAUCAUUCCUGGGGAAUUUAUCCAGAAUCAAUCUCUCCCUUGCCUGUGGAUAAUAGUCUAGCCUCCAAUUCUGUUUACUCUGAAUUGCCAUCUACUGAUGGGAAGAUGAAGGUAACUGUUACACAAAUAACAGUGGCGCUGAGCAGCUUAAGAAACAUUUUCACUCCUCUUCUUUUUAGAGGACUUCUGUCAUUUCUGACAUGGUGGAUUGCGGCAUGCCUUUUUUCUACAAGCCUUUUUGGACUUUUCUAUCACCAGUAUCUGACUGUGGCAUGAAGGAAAACAUAUCCAAGUCAUAUAUUGAAUUUAAAUACUAUGCCCUUGAAGGGCUGGCAGAAAACCAGAAGAGAGCAAAUGCAAAGGAAAAAAAGAAAGAAAAAACAUAUCAGAGAAUCUUAUUUUAAAUGCUUCCUCUGUAUUCUCAGGGUGAAUUAAUGUUAUAAUAUUUAAAAUCACAGGAUAGAUUGUUAACUGUUACACUGUGGCAUUGGAAUUUGAACUCAUUGUAUUAAUGUAUGUGAGAGGGCUGUCUGCAAGGGUAAUACUUCUGAUUACCUUGCUUUACAGUAGAAACCUCCAGCAGUCUUCACAACUUCUCAUAUUGACUCCAGUUAUUGAUUGCUCUUCAUGGUAUUAAGGUACUGUUAAUAGUCAUAAUGGCUACCUAUAGAACAAUCUCAAAACUGAGCCAUGUUUUAGGGGAGGGAAAGAAUCUAAAAUCACUUCUGUUGGUAAUGUUCUGGUUACUAUCAACCACAAAAUCCAACAGAAAGGAAGAGGUAGUUACUGUAUAUUACAGUAAAGAAAGCUGCAUAGUUAUUUUUAAUUUAAUGGAGAUUUACAUGCUUGAUACCACAAGUACUGUUGCUUAAGAGUAGCAAGAAUAUUGUUUAAAAUGUAUUUUACCCAACUUGAAAGUUGUUUUAAAAAUAACUGGCCAUAUGAACAUUUGCAAUCUUACUGUUAGUUUGGGGCCUGCUAUAUUUUAUUUUAUCCUUUCUAUGAUCCUAAAUCCUUCCAAUAGUCUAAAAAUAUUUAUCAGUACUGAUCAGACUUUUUAAGAAAUUACUUUGUAAUCCUGCUGACUACCUGUAUGUAUUGUAUGUAUUAUAUGUUAAAUAUAUAAUAUAUUGAGGUAUAAAUGGUGAAAAUAUUGGAUUCUUAUAAUAUUUUAUGUUGCUGAAUGUAUGUGAAAAAGUGAUCUGAAUGAGAUGUAUUUGUACCUAGAAGUUUUAUUUCUGUUUGGAAUGAGAUUAAAAUACAUUUUGAAACUUCA